GCUUCAGAUGCUGCAAAGAGAAAGGAGGAACAGAAGAAAUAUGGUAUAUAUUUUGAUGAUGAUUAUGACUACCUGCAACACUUACAUGAUGUCAGCUGUACAACUGUUGAUUGGGAACCUGUUGAACAAUUAUCCAGCCGGACUACCAAUUUGAAGUUGCCUUCAUCUGUGUUUGCAUCAAAAGUAGAAGAAGAUAUUGGCCUUCUCAAUAGGGCAGCACCUCAUUCAGGUCCACAUUUGGAUCUGGAUCCAGAUAUAGUUGCUGCAAUGGAUGAGGAUUUUGACUUCGAAGACCCAGGCAAUGAACUUGAAGAUAAUUUUAUUGAAUUGGCCAAUGCAGAAGGUAGUGGUAGUGAGAUGGGUUCAGGUGAUGAUGAUGAUGAUGAUGAUGAUGAUGAAUGUAUGAGUAAUGGAAACAAAUCUGAAGAUGAUGAAUUAGGCAGUCUGUGUGGACCACAAUAUACAUUUGCAGAUGAGGAGACAAAAUUCUCAAUGUCAAGUUCUGUAAUAAGGAGGAAUGAACAUUUAAUACUACUUGAUGAUCGUUUUGAACAGAUGUUUACAAAUUGUUAUGGAGAUACUGACAUUGGUGCUUUGGAAUGUGAGGAAAUUGAAGGUCAUAUAGCACCUGAUUCAGAAGUGAUGAUCCAGUAUGCUGAAAAAAUGAAAGCAGAAUGCAGACUUAAGCAACCACUGUUAGAACCUAAGAGUGACUCUCAGGGCAAAUGUAAUGGGUGGCUACAGAAUGACAGUCUGAUGCCAUUAGAAAUGCAAGACUCGAAGCAACAUUGGGAUUGUGAAUCUAUUGUGUCCACUUAUUCAAAUCUGUUAUAAGUUAUUAACAUUAUUUCCUAAAUUAAAAUGUAAUGUUUCAUGUGAACAUGUUUUAUUUCGUUUUACAAUUUUGAUGUAUAUUGAAAACAAGUUAUAAACGUUUUGAACAAUGUGAAUUGUUCUGUCAGUAAAACAGCUGUGGGCUGGAUAGCCAAGGCUCAGUUCAUGGCAUUCCAUGUGUAAACCAGUUCUGAGUCCCUGUCAGAUAGGUACUGGGGUUUCUUGCCGUGUAAAUGGCCAGAGUGUGAAGCUGAACAUUCAUCUCCAUCCAGUGCUAAUGUUAAGAAUGUACGGAGCUUGUCUCUGCUCCCAUAUGUCUUCAUGGUGUAUAUCUUAAGCACCAGGAUAACGUGUUUGACUAAUAUGUUGACUUUCAAGAAGAGAAGUGACCAUCGUCUGCCUGCAGCAGCUGAUCUGCUAGGAACAGGAUCAUAACUGAUGCAAAUGUUUUUAUUACCACCCACCUCAGUAUUCUCCUUGUUUCUGCCCAUUUGAUGAAACUGGCAAAAUUCACCCGUGGUGGGUGUGUCCAUAUGAAGUGGUAGCACUUAAUGUUGAGUGACUGGGUUGUGGUAGUGGUGGUGAUUAUGAGGAUGGUUACAACCAUCAGGAGAGAUUGCUGGACCUCCUCAUUCUCAAGGUUCUGUACUUGGUAUACUGAAACCUAAAGUCUUUCACACAUGAAUCUUCUCAGACAACUGCCCCCCCCCAAUAAUGUAGAUACAAAAAACCUUUCUGUUCCAAGGGGUGAUAAGGGAAUAAUUUCUGUUCUCUUGUAUCUUUGACAUUUCCGACAUAGAUUAAUUUCUGGGGAUUUUGAAGUACAUAGACUGUGAUAUAUAAUUCUGUCCCUGAAACUCUUAUUUUUGCAAAACUGUAGUUAUGUCUUGCUGAAAGUAUUCGGAUAGUUUUUCUGUCAGAGAGAGAAUGCUAAAAAUUUGUAAGGAAAUAUUGUUACUGUACCUUUCAGGGUACAAAAAAUAUUGAACCUAUGAUGUCUUGCGGCACUAACUGUAUUACGUCGGUUGGCUGGUGAAUUAUAACUAUUGCCCCCCCCCCCAAGUAGAAUUGAAUAACUGCAUGUGAGUAUGUUAGCAGCUGUAAUAGAUAUUGUCACAGUUUUGAGUGACUAUAGAUGGGGUUUCAGUUGGUAAUUGGAAUUAUUGAAUGCUUACAGAUUGUAAGUACAAGUAACUAUAGCGCCAUUGCUAAUUCUCACUCCCAUCAGUUCGCUAUAGCACGUAUUAAGUCUUUUUGAUCUACUGUGUGUGUCUUUGCCACUCAUUGACUGGUAAUGGCUUCCAAUGUCAUAGCAUCCUCAGCUUCUAUGGUCAUGUCCUUACCAGCUGGCUUCUGUCUCACAACUAACUCCUACUCUUCUAACUGCCAUCUCAAGACUCAGCUCGACUCAGUCAGUUGAGUGAUAUGGCCUUGGAGCAGACUCAGCAGAAAACACCAUUCCUCUGUUGAUGUGGGUUACAUAUCACAUCUUAUAUUGCUGCAGCACUGUCCCCCUGGUACUGGACCGCAUGGCAACACUUCUUCCUGCAGCUCUUCUGUUGUUGCUUGACAUUGCUGUGGACAUCGCUGUGUUUCUCUGUUGCAUGUUUAAUCAUUUUUCACUGAUAAAUUGUUUACUGUGCCGUAACCUAGCAGUGGCUCUCUGCAUGCUAGUGUAUUAAAUGUUAACAGCUCUUGACUAUCUUCAUGUUCAUACAUUACUCUGCUGAUGGUUUCAAGCUGUGCCACAGGUAUUUAUUUUUCAGAAAUAAUUGAAUAAUUUUUGUUUUAUAAAUUUUCCCAAAUUCAGUAAUGUAAGAGGGAUUGUGUCAUUAAAUGAAAGUCUUAGUGAGAAGAACACACUAUGUGUAACGAGUGCAGCAUGUAGUAAUUUUACAUUUAUUAGCAACAGUUUGUCACUUUAGUGAACUAUAGUGACCGAGCGACUGCCACUUUUCAGCAAAGUUAAUGCCAACUUUUGUGGAGAGAGGGUGUCACGUGGUCAGCGCAACGGAUUCCCACGGCCAUUAAUCUCGGUUUUAUAGACCUGUAUCCUGGUGUGUAUGAAUCCUAAAUGUAUUAUU